AUGGCCCCCGAAAACCCUCAACCCAUCGACCCCGCCGACCUUCCACUUCUGAUGACCAUUGACCAACUGCGCAACCCGGCGCCAAAGAAUGCCAACGUCAGUUUCUUGCGACGCACUCAGCACAUUGGUGUCGACCGCAGCGCGGGCAACGAUGCCCACAUCACUCCAUUCCUGAAACCGUCACGUAGCACAAAGAAGAAGCCUGCCGUUGAUGAUCCCAACUACGUUAAGAAAUUCCUUCAGAAGGGAUUCGAUAUCGCCUACCCGCAAAACAAGCACACUGGAGCGGACACCGACAGCCAAGUUCGCGGACUUCCCGCCACCAAGGCCGAGGCGGACGCCUGGGCCAACCCCGUCAACCCAGAGAACCCGAAAUUGAAGCCCGUUGGGUUCUUCCCCGUCUUGCCUGACUUGCAGGGAUUCCCAGACACCGGUGGCUACGUUCAAUUCAAGUUUGACAAGGCGCCCUUGGCAGCCGUGGGUGGCAAGCGCGACAAGCGCAUGGACGUUGCUAUUCUGACCCCUGCCGCCCCCGAGCAGCGCAUCUGCCAGCAACAUGAGUCGAAGAUGAGACUCCACCAGCAAAAUCCCAAUCUGUAUCCCGACCCAGGCCCAGUACCUUACGAUUAUCGACUCUUCUUGCCAGAGAAGCCUUCCUCUGCCGAGAAUGUCCGGGCCAGUAUGGAUCUGGAGAAUCCUAACCGCGAUAGCGAAGAUCUCUAUACCAACGAAAGUGCCGAGGGACUCAAGUACCACCGCUUUGACCGUGCCCGCACAUACGCCACCAGCACUCAGGUCUUCUUCCAAAAUGAACAGAAGGACUUUGCUGUGACCCUCUAUGAGCCAAAGGAGGGGGAUACCAGGCAGCUAGCCGCUUACUAUUACAAUGUCUCGGGCAAGGCCCGUCUCAAGCCCGAGCGUGCUCGUACCAUCGCCCAGGCUGGUCUGGCUCCCACCUCCACCCAGCAAGAGGAGCCCGAGGAGCAACCGGAGCAGUUACAUAUCACCAUGCGUGACCCCAACGAGGCCGAGGCAUACAAGCGUGCUUUGGCGCGUCUUCAUAUCGAUCCUAAGUUCCAGAACAACAUGCCCCCUGAACCGACUCAGGAAGAAGAAGUCGUUGAGUACGAAGAGGCAGCUCCCGUCGAAGAGGACACUCACAUGAGCGAUGAUGAGUGA